AUAAAAUCUUAAUAGGACCUCUACACAAACAAACAGUAGAGUUAUAUAUCUAUUACAAUAGUUGAGGAUGUUUUACACAUACCGUACUUCCUGGCGCAUUACCAAAAUCAUGGUUACAAAGUCAUCCUAUUCAUCAGACAAGGCGAUAUCAGGAAUCCAAAAGACCGUAAUCCAAGCUGAGUUCGUAACGCGGGGGUUGUCCUGCUUAAAGAGCAAUCCUCUAACCGUGGAAGACAUUAACUCUCUCAGAAUGCUGAAAUCGCCCGAAAGCAGCGGCGCUAAGUGCUUCACAGCUUGUCUCUUCAAGAAUAUUGGUAUUUUGGACAACUCAGGAGCAGUAUCAGCGUCGAAUGUCCGGCAGAAUGCGAAGCAAGUCUUCGCUAAUGAUGAAACCAGUCUCAACAACGUUGAGGAGCUUGUCAAGGAGUGUGAGAAAGUGAAUGCUGAAAAUGUAGCCGAUGACAAGGGCUGCGAUCGGGCCGCUUUGGCUUUUUCCUGUUUAACUGAAAAUGGAGCCAAGUAUGGCCUCGAUCUCAAGUUUUAGGAAAAAAAAGGAAAACUGACCACCCAAAAAGUACAAACAUGACAAGGAUUUAAGGAUUAUAACGAAUAAAUGUUGCAUGC